AUGUGGCAGCGUCUGGUCCUCGCGCCGCGUCUAGCGACGGCGCUGCAGCGUCCCACGCCGCGUUACAAGCGUCAGUUGAAGCGCUUGCCUCUUCUCUAUCGUCCACUAACGUCAUUGUCUCCAUUGUCCGACAGCAGCCGCCGCAUCUUGUGCGUAGACGUGCCCGAGCACGUGGCCGAAGUCUCGUGCGUCCAGGAGCUCGUGCAGCGCGGCCACGUCGUCGACCAUGUACGCGCUGUGUCGGACUCUUUCCUCCUCUCAGUCGUACAAGACUAUGACGCGCUCAUGGUGACGCCUGGCACGAAGUUGUCGCGCGAGUUGCUGCGCGCAGGCGCCAAGCACAAGCUGAAGCUCGUGGCGGUGCCUGCGGCUGCGAUUCCCAGUGAAGACGUGGAUCUCUUGGAAGCGACGAAUCAGGGCGUGAUGCUGCUGCAGUUGGAGCAUAAACAACUGAGUGACCGCUCGUCGGUGGAGGCCGAGAUUGGACUCAGUUUACUUAUUCAGUUGGCACGUCACUUGCCUCGUAGUAUGGCCUCGAUGCACUCGGGACGGGAGAAACCAUUUGAUCGGCAGCAAUUUGUGGGGACAGAGCUUGCUGGCAAGAACCUCGGCGUUGUGGGCAUUGGACAAGCGGGACGACGGGUGGCGGACAUGGCGAAUGCGCUCGGCUUGCACGUCUUUGGCUUUGAUCCGAACUUGAACCACGAGACAGCCGAGCUCAUGGGCGUGAAAUCCGUGUCCAUGGACGAGUUGUAUGCGACGUGCGACUUCAUUACAUUCCAUGCGCCCUUGACAGCUCGAACGCGCGGUAUGUUUGAUGACGAUGCACUUGAUAAGUGCAAGCAUGGAGUGAAGAUUGUGUCUGUCCCAGAGUACAAGGGGUGUCACGGUCUACUGGAUGAAAACACGCUACUGCGUGGAAUUAAGUCAGGGAAGAUCAGUGGCGUUGCGCUGGACCUGCUGCAGCCAGCUGAAGCGGAGGAUGCGCUGGAUCUGUCGCCUACGUGGCUCGAACUCAUGAAGCACGAAAACGUCAUCGCGCAUACGCACGCGGAUGGUACGGCGUCUGAAGAUGUGCUCCAGGCUCGCAAAUACCGUCUCUUGGCGGAAAACGUUGGCGACGCGCUGGCGCAGCGCUACUUUCGUGGUGUGGCCAAUGGUGUCUUUAUGCCGCUGACGCUGCUACCGGAGAUGAAACCGUUCCUCGAGCUAAGCGAGUCGUUGGGUCGCUUCGUGCACCAGCUUACUCUCUCGGCUGAUCCUAAGGACCGCAUCACGCAUGUGUCGUUGGCAGCCACGGGCGGCUUUCAGAUUGACAUUACUACACCACAGGCUCGGCAGCUCCUUCAAAAUGCGCUCCUUAAAGGUAUGCUCGAGAGCAUGCGCGGACAUGAAAAGGCUGUAAAAGACAGCAGGCAACCUGAAGUAUGUCUUUUAAAUGCAUCGCUGCUUGCUAUGGCGAAGGGGAUUGACGUGCGCCAGGGCGACUUACAGAGCGACCCGGCGGCUGUACGUCGCCACCUCAAGAAUUGCUUGGCUGUCGUGGUCCAGACGAAAAACAAAGAUCGCCUCCUUGUCAAAGGCAGCGUUUUCGGUGAAGAUCCGCGUGUCGUGCGUGUAAACGAGUACUCAGACUUUCCCGCUUUUCGUCCACAAGGCAACCUGCUGGUGUUCAACAAUGAGGACGUUCCUGGCGCUAUUGCCGGCAUCCUCAGUGAACUGGCACAGGCCGAGAUUAACAUUGCCAACUUCGGUCUUGCGCGUCAGAGCAAUGUUGAGCUCCCACUUGGUAUACUUGCUCUCGACUCAGUUCCCUCCGAUGAAACGCUGUAUGCGCUCAAGAAGCUGCCCAACAUACGUAGCGUCCGUUUCGCACAAGUUUGA